AUGCUAGCUAAGGGGCUGCUGGGUAUUGGCACAAAAGACCUUCUUGGGCCUUCCACAUCCCAAACCGAAAGUGCAGGUAUUGGGGUAACCGGCCCACUAGGCCUUCCAGAAGUGACCCUUUCUGAACCCAAUAAAGGCCUGGCAGAUGCGUAUUUACAUGAAGUUCACGCUUACGCAGUGCUUGGGCAUCACCCCCAUGUGAUAGGCUACUACUCCUCCUGGUCAGAAGACAACUACCUGAUCAUUCAAACUGAAUACUGCAAUGGCGGAAGCUUGAAAAAUGCCAUAUCUGAGAACAUGGAGUCUGGUAAUCAUUUCUCAGAGCUGAAACUCAAGGACAUCCUUCUGCAACUCGCCUUAGGGCUGAAGUACAUCCACAAGUGUAACUUGGUACACAUGGACCUCAAGCCUAGUAACAUCUUCAUUUACCAUAACCUCAUAUGUGAUUCUCGAGUCCCAGAAGAGAGUGAAAAUGAAGCCGACUGGUUUCUCUUUGCCAGGGUCAUUUAUAAAAUUGGUGACCUGAGCCUUGUGACAUCAAUAAAAAAACCAGAAGUGAAAGAAGGAGAUAUUCAUUUCCUAGCUAAUGAGAUUUUCCGAGAGAAUUAUCAACACCUUCCCAAAGUUGACAUAUUUGCCCUAGGGUUAGUGAUUGCAAUGGCAGCAGGGGUGGAGACUCUACCCAGCUUCGGUGAUCAGUGGGAAUCCAUCCAUAAAGGUGUCUUCCCGGAUGUUCCUCAGAAGCUCACAGAAGAUUUUCACAACUUGCUCAAGAGUAUGAUCUACCCUGACCCUCAGAAAAGACCUUCUGCAGCAGAUCUGGUCCAUAGUCCAGUCCUCUGGCCCUCCCUGAAGACAGAAGAGGAGCUCCAGAGGCUUCUAGAGGUGGAGAAGUCUAAGACGGCUACACUGGAAAGGGAACUGAGAAAAGUCCAACAGGCCCUGUCCCUCCAUGGAGGAGGCCACCAUGGCAACCCUGAGAGCUCCGAGGGACAAACAGAACCAAGAAGCACCAAACACCUGGAGGGCUGAAAGAGCUGGAAGUCUUCAGGUUUCAUCUGGGGCAAUCUUCCCCAUAAGAACUCACUGCACACCAGCCAAAUUUAUAUUAUAAGACCUGCAGAAAGAUAUUGA